AUGCCCAAAUCUUCCCACCUCCCCCCCUUGCCUUCUCCCUUACUUUUUAAGAUGAUCUCCCAUAAUAUUAUGAUUCAAACAACCGACGCAAGCGAUGCAAUCGAUACUGACGACGCCAUUACUAGCGCGUCACUGGUAUCUCCCACAACAGUUAACCCCACCAUUAUGCGAGACAUCAACACCAUUAAUCAGCGCAGGCUGGUAACAAUCAUAGAGGAAAUCACUGAAAACCCCCAGAGCAUCGCAUCCUGGAUUGCUGACCUGGGAGCCGAUGGACGGUGGCCCGAUUCUGAAGUGAAUUACGCCACCGGGUGCGAUGCACAAAAGGCCGACUGGCCUGCUCAAGGGCACUGGCAGCGCAUCAGUACCAUGGCCGCUGCUUGGCACGGCGGUCUUAGCGGGGGGGAGCAAUACGUCAACAAUUCUGAGACCUUGGCCGCCAUAUCACUUGCCAUGGACUAUUGGUUCGAGAAUGAUUUCACCGGCCCUGCUUGUCUAGACUCUGGAGGCACUCCAAGCUGCCCUUGUGGUACACCAGGAUUUUGGAACAAAAAUUACAAUUGUACUCACAUCACCCUCCGUGCAUAUGGCACGUUCGACCACUACAUCAAUAGUAUAGGUUACCUCACUGGCUCGAAUACGUUAGACGUUGCAAAAAUUGGGAUCGACCAAGGUCUUCUGGUUGUCAACGUCUCCUUGAUCACAGAUACCUUCAGGAGGGUCCAUGAAGCUAUAGUGGUUGAACAGCCUAUCAAGUCUGAUGGGAUUCGUACUGACGGAUCUUUCAGUCAACACAUUGGGAUCAUCUAUAACGGCAAUUAUGGGAAAGAUUUCUCAAAUGACGUCCUCGAUCUGGAAACUGAGGCUGGAGGAACGCAAUUUGCUGCUAAUGCAACUUCCAAGACCGCACUUGAAAUCCUAUUUGAUGGUGAUCGGUGGAUGAUCUUCCGUAACGUCCAAACGAAUGUAUUGCAUUGGGAUUUUAGCGUCUUAGGCCGCUUCAUCAGCUUCCCUGUGAUUGACGAGCAGGCUACUAGUAGCAUCAAUAUGAACAUUUCAAAAGUUCAGCAACUCGGAGAGGAAUGGAACUCUACCGUUCUCCUCGAAUUCUCUUCGACCCUGUCGGCAAAUACAACUGAUGCAAAUGCGGGUGAGAUCCAUGGGAAUCGUAUGUUCUUUGACAACGACUACAUGGUAACUCGCGGUCCAGGCUAUGUGACCACGGUACGAAUGUACUCCAAUAGGACGCUCAACACAGAGUGUCUCAAUUCUCAAAAUCCUUUGGGCUUCCACCUCUCUGAUGGCACUGUUUACACUUACCUUCAUGGCAAUGAAUAUGAAGACAUUGCUGCCGCCUGGGACUGGAACCUGAUCCCUGGAACUACCGUGGACUACAACGCUACAGCACUCGAUUGUACCCAUACUCAAUAUACCGGUAAAGAGCCCUUUGUCGGUGGCGUCUCGGAUGGUCGAAUUGGUGCCGCAGCAAUGCGCUACACUAACCCUCAGAGUGGCUCCCUAUCUUGGCAGAAGACAUGGCUUUUCCUGGAGACCGACGUUCAACAUGUUAUGAUUGCCAACAUCUCGUCUGCCACUGCAGCCCCUGUGUUUUCGGUUCUUGACCAACGACGCUUCGGAGGUGGUGUUUGGGUGAAUGGAGUAGGCACUUAUGGUGGCAACUACACAGAUCCACAAACCAUGUGGCAUGGUGACGUCGGCUACGAGUUUCCAACCGCCAAUGGGACAUAUGGACUUUCCGUCGAAUGGGGUAACCGCACGGGUGAUUGGUCGAGCAUUGGAACCUCCACGCAGCCUCCUGAGAUCGUUGAACUCUUCACCGCAUGGCUCUAUCACAACAACAAUCUAUCCCCCGUCUCCUAUACAUUUUAUCCUGCGGUUGAUUACGGUACCUUCACACUCAAGCGAGCAGCUACCCAACUACAUGAAAUCGAGAAUAGCGCAAAUAUUAGCGCGUUGCUCGAUAAAGUCUAUCAAACGGUAACAGCUGUGAUUUGGAGCCCCACUGGUGGUUCCUUCACUUUCCAGCUGGAUGGAGGCUACGCACCAAUCACGGUCACAGCCAGUGCAAACGCCGCUAUUCUCUAUCGGGUAGAUUCUGGCACCCUGACCGUCUCGGAUCCAUCGCAAACACUAUCUGAACUCAGUGUAGAAAUGACUGCCGGAGAUGGAGUUAGACCAAAUGGAUGGGGUUCUCAAAACACCUUUAUUAUUUAUUUCACAUUACCUAGUGGUAGUUCGGCAGGAAGCAGUGUGGCUUGCGUAUUAGGGCAGUAGUAUACCCGUUCGUCGGAUUAAAUCUCACAAAAUUGCCAGCCAUGCAAAUCCUAACGCGUUGCAAUGGUGUAGCGAGUACAUGUUUUGUGGAUAUGAGGAAGAAACAGACCCGAGAGAGAUCAGAAUGCAGGCUGCUCGCCAUAUGCCUCCUGUUGGUAAGCUGGCUCCUGUGCAUACGCAGCAGGCUCCUCUGCAGCGGGGGGUGCAGCGGAAACAAUGGCAGGCUCU